AAAAGUAAUUCCUCUAGACUUCUCGAGUACCUGAGGAUAUCCUCGGGUACGCUUGGCAGUGAGCAGUGACGCUUGUCAACGUAUUCCACCUGCCUGUUACACCCUUUAAAGAUUGGAAUGCAGCGGAACAUGUCACGUGUCACUGUGGAUGACAGGUAUUUAAAGAAAAUUAGUCGGUUCAUAACCUCGAAGAAAUUACAAAAUAAAUAAACAUGGAAUUGAUCUCGGAUUAUUUAGAAAGUUACGAAGGUAGAGAUAAAUUAUUAAGGACAUUGUCGUAUGCAGCAAAAUUAGCAACUGUGAUACCGAGGUCUGAAGAUGACAGAAAAAAACUUAAAAUUUUUGGAAGCCAGAUGAGUAAUUGCCGAGUUAUCCUUCGGCUUCUUGAUGACAUACCCACACUUAAUUAUGCUUUCAAAUAUGAUUGGACAAAUAAGGCAACAGAUCCGUACAUCAAAUGGCUGGAGAUGAUUGAAAUUAUCGUCGAUGUGAUUUACUCACCUGUCGAAACGAUUUGCUGGGCUGGAGAGCAUCAGUUAGUUAACGUGGACGUCGAUAAAUGGGACACCAUGUCCACGUGGUUCUGGAUCAUGUCCCUGUACAUUUCUUUGAUGACGUCCUUGCGUAAAUAUAAACUGCUGUUGAAGCAAAAGGACACGAGUCUGAAGAAUAAGUCCGGUAAUAAAGCUGAAGAAAAAGCUUUGAGACAUAAAAUGUACAAUGAAACAUUAGUUUGCAUCCGUAUGUUACUAGACAUGAGUUAUGCAAUAAGUUAUCUUCCAAAUGGUACUCUUUGGGGCGGCAAACUGUCUACUUGGCAAGUUGGAGCACUUGGAACUGUAUCAUCACUUAUAGGACUCUAUCAAUCACUUAGAAAACGUCUCCAUUAGUUUUAUAUAUAAAUAUACCUGAUUAGAUAUCAAAGUAUUUUCAUUUUUUUAUUAAGGCCAUUCUUAGAUAGUGGCCCCACUUUUUAAAAAUUUUCAAUGACUCAACUGUCAAGCGUAUCAAAAUUUUUAUCAAUUAAUUUUAAAAAAAUUGAAGCAUUAAUUUUCAAAAGGACAACGUAGUCCUAAUUUCGCAGAGACAUGAUUUUUAAAAAAUUACUUACAGUUGAUAUCAAUUGGGAGCUGAAUGAAAUUUUGAGAAACUUUCAGUAAAACUGUCAAGUUUCAAUUAUUUCAACAAACAAAAAAAAAAAUUAAUAUUUGAAUCAAUGAAUAAGAAAUUAUGAGGAUAAAUUAGGAUAAAUCAGGAUAGAUGAAGAUGAGUGGAGAUGGAUGAGGAUAAUCAUGGAUUUUUCUAUCCAUUUCCACCAUCAGUCCUCGCUUUCCGACGUCGGAAAUCGCGAAUUGCAAAUCUCAAAUUUGACUUCACCGUCCAUUUUACGGCAUUAAAUAAAUUAAUAUUUGAAAUUUUAUAAUUUGAAUUUUGUAGACUAAAAUUUAUUUACAAAAUUUCGUUUACCUCCCAUUUGGUAUCAACUGUAAUUUUUUUUUUUAAAUCUAUACCUCGGAUAAAUUAUAACCACGUUGUCUUUUUUUUAAUUAAUCCUUUAAUUUUUUAAAUUAAUUGAUAAAAUUUUGAUACACUUGACAGUUGAGUCAUUAAAAAUUUUUAAAAAGUGGGGGCACUGUCUGAGAGUGGCCUCAAAAAAAUUAAAACCUUAAUUGAAAAAAAGACAACGUAGCUGCAAUUUUGCUGAGGUAUUAAAAAAAAAUAAUAACUUACAGUUGUUAUCAAUUAGAAGUCAAACGAAAUUUUGUAAGUAAAUUUUCGUCUACAGAAUUUGAAAAUUCAAAUUACAAAAUUUACAUGAAGAUUUUACUGAUAUUUAUUUUCCGAAUUUCGUUUAACUCCCAAUUGAUAGCAACUGUAAGCAAUUCUUUUUAAAAUUUAUACCCAGCGAAAUUGUUCUCUCUUCAAUUAAUGUUAAAAUUUUUUUUUAAUUUAGUUCAAAAAAUUUUGAUACACUGGACAGUCGAGUCAUUGAAUAUUUUUAAAAAGUAGGAGGCACUGUCUGAUAAUGCCCUUAAUACCAAAUGAUUAAUUAAAUUUGAAUUAAAUAGUAAUAAAAGUAAUUACAAUAAUUAUUAUUUUUCAAAAACUAAGAGGUACUAGGGAAUAAAUAAAUCAUUUACUAGUUUAAUCAAAACGUAUUUGGUAGUAAGUAAAUAUAUGUUUCAUGUCUAAUUAAAAAUCUAAAAAUGAAAUUAUAUCAGUUAAGAGAACAUUUAUUUAUUGUCUUGAAUAAAACAUUGUAACGAUUACAUCAAAGUUAUCGAAGCGUACAAAGCUUUUUUUGUUAUUGUAUUUCCUAGAAUAAAUGAAACAAUUAAAUAUAAAGAAGCUCCCAAAUAAAGGAGUAGUUGUAAAGUUAACAAUUUUUAUAAAAUAAUUGCCAGUACGAACGCAUGAGUAAAUAUAAAUAAAAAUAAAUAUUAAUACAUUCGAUUGAAUACUGACUGAAUCAACUCAAAUAAUUAUUAAAAGCUUUAAAUUAUGCGCCACAAUAAUAAUUAUCAUCACCCUGUAUAUCGUACUUUUUAUUUUAAUUUAAAAGUAAUUUUAUUUCAAAUCCUUUGACUUUUUUUAUAAUAAAAUUCACCAUUAUAUCAUUAAAAGGCACGACUUUUUAAAAGGUUUAGUUUUAAAUCAGAUGAUUUAGAUAAAAGAGGCGUUAAAAUUUUUUUUCUAUCAUGACAAUAAAAGCUAGCUCAUGAAAUUUAUAUUUUUAAAAUACCAAUAACAUGACUGAAAUUCAUUACAUUAAUUUACAGUCAGAUAAAGUUUACUUGCAACUCUGUUAUUUUUAUUUAAAGUAAAAGCUUUAGUUUUAUUUAUUUAUUAAUUCAAGUAUUAGCUGCGUUUCUAAUCUCAAUACUUUGAAUUUAUAUCCUAGUCUAAUAUUUAAAAAGAAUAUUUAAUAUUAACUAUUAUUUAAAAAAGUUUAGAAGUAAAUGAAAGGAAUAGAAGAAAUGAAGGAUUUGAGAAUAAAUAGGAAAGCAAACGAAGGAUAGAGAGAAAUUAAAAAUAAAAGAAAUUAAAAUAAGUAUAAGAAAAACUGUGAUUUUAAUUUAUUCAACAAAAUUAUAUCAAAAGUUAAAGAACAUUUUUUUUUUUUUUUUUUUUUUUUAAUUUAAAUUUAAACUGAGCCUAAAUAAUUUUACGCUUUAUUUCUUAUGGUACCAAAAGUUUAACAAAAUUUAAUAACAAAAAAAAAAAAGAACAAAAAAAAUAAAAUUAUUGAUUAAUAAUAUUUAUCAUAACUGCAGACCGUAUUGUUUUGUCAUCAUAAAUCUAAUCAGUAAAGCACUGAGCGGUCGCGAGUCGCGCACACAAAAAUCAUUACAAUUAUUCUCAUUAUCAAUAACGACGGUCACGAGUUCUUUUUAUUACUCCAGUUUUUCCGGCUGACUGUUGUCAUACCCAAGAAAUUAAACGUAAAAUUACUUAGACAUUAUCACGAUUCAAAUUCACCCGCGGGUCCAAUAAUUUUCAACUGAAAAAAAAAAAAAUAAAUAUUUAACGCGAUUAAUUACUAAUAAUAUUCAAACGCUUUGACGUUGAUAGAGCACGUAAUAUUGUAAUUAUGAAAAUAUUAUUGACUGUUAUCAGAAAUAACCAAUGGCACUAGUCUCGUAAAAUUUUACGUAACUUAAACUUUAAUUAAACAGCCAUUAGAUCAUUUGUUUCUGUUUAUAAAACAUCUUUAGUGUAUACUCAAUUCGCUUAUAAUAUAUUACGCAACGGCGUAAGAACAAAAAAAUAUAUAUCAAAUAUAUGAUCGUAAUGACUUGAUUCUUAUAAUUAUUUAUGGACAUAAUCCGAUUGCUGUGGCUUCUGAUGUAUGAAAUAAAAUAUAAAUCAUCAUUGAAGCCACAUUUUUAAUGAUCAUCAAUUAACUACCAUUGUCUUAAAUCCUGAUCGUCUUAAUAUUAUAUUUCCAUCAUAUAUUAUUAAUUAUUAAUUGUUUUUUAAUAUCAUAAUUAAUGUAUAAUCAUAACUUGAUGUUGAUUAAAUUUCCCGCGGUAAAAAAAAAAAGAAAAAAAAUUUUUUUCUAUUCGAUAAGAGAUCCAGUCUCUUGAGAAACAUAAAUAAAUAAUAAAAUACUUUUAUUCUUGGCAUUAUUAAAUGCACUGUAGAGUAACAUAGACUAAUUAACAUGAUUUAAACUAGGCAU